CAGCAUCGCAUUGCCUCUUUGCACUCAACCAAACUGGGACUCCAUGUCCGGCGAGUGAAGAUCGAGAAGAAGAAGAAGAAGAAGAAGAAGAAGGAGAAGAAGGGUACGAAGAUGAUGAUGAUGACGAUGACCGGCGACCACCACGGCCGCUCCGCCCCGACCGUCCAGAUCCCCGCGUGGGACCCACUCGACGACCCGGCGGCGGCGGCGGCGGCCUCCGGCCGCGGGGGGCCGUACUCCCCUUACUCCCCAACCGCCGGGUACGGCGGCAAUGCCGGGGCGGGGGCGGGGGCGGAGUGCCGCUACGACCUGUCGGCGCUGCGGCGGUACCUGCCGUCGAACGUCGAGGAGGAGGAGGUGGAGGAGGAGGAUGGGGGCGGGACGGGGGAGGACGGGGUGCUGGGGUGCGACGAGUUCCGGAUGUACGAGUUCAAGGUGAGGAAGUGCGCGCGCGGGAGGUCGCACGACUGGACGGAGUGCCCCUACGCGCACCCCGGCGAGAAGGCGCGCCGCCGGGACCCACGCCGGUUCCUCUACUCCGGCACUGCAUGCCCUGAUUUCCGCAAAGGUGCGUGCAAGAAGGGCGACUCCUGCGAGUUCGCGCACGGCGUGUUCGAGUGCUGGCUCCACCCGGAGCGAUACAGGACUCAGGCGUGCAAGGACGGGCAGAGUUGCCGCCGCCGCGUCUGCUUCUUCGCCCACUCCCCUGACCAGCUCAGGAUCCUCCCCACCACCCAGCACCAGCAUCAGCAGCAGCAGCAGCAGCAGCACAGCCCCAGGAGCGCCGCGGACUCCGAAUUCGGGUCCCCUGUCCGCCCCUCUGCGGCGGCGGCGGCCGCCUUUGACUCCUACUUCACCAAGCCCUGGUCUGCCUCCUUCGUAUCGUCGUCGCCGACCUCGAUCCUGACCUCUACCUCGCCCUCGAUCUCGCCCCCGACCAACUCGCCCCCGGUGUCCCCGAACCACCGCGGCUGCUGCGGGUCGCCCGGCUCGGUGAGCGAGCUCGUGGCAUGCAUGAGGAGCAUGCAGAUCGCCAAGAUGAAGAUGAGCCCGCGCGGGCAGAAGGGGGGGUCCCUCUUUGGGUCCCCGCUCCGACCCGGGUGCUACCUCGCGGCGCCCUCGACCCCGAGGGCCGAGUCUUCCCCGCGGUACGGGCAGCUUGGCGGUGGGCUCUUCGAUCUGUGGGAGGCUCACCAUCGCCGCUGCGAGGAGGAGCCCCCGAUGGAGAGGGUCCAGUCCGGGAGAGAUUUGAGGGCCAAGAUGUACGCCAAGCUCAGCAAGGAGAACUCCCUCGACGGCGCCGACCUUCUCGGGUCCGGUUCUGGUCCGGACGUGGGGUGGGUCUCUGAGCUGGUCAUGUGAAGGCGACGGAAGCUUCUGAGUCCUCCCCUGGUCGACUCAGCUCGAAAUUUUUUGAGAAGUGAUUUUUUGGGCUGGUGGGUGGUUCAGCAAUCGGUCGGCGGUUCAGCAAUCGGUCGGCCUGCGAUUCAAAUCUGACUCGAUGUGUGAAUAUAUCUCCGUGUUCAUUUCCAUUGUUGAUGAUUACCCUUCUUCUCAAGGUGUAAAUAUUGGUUGGCGGGAGAGAGAUUUAUGGUCUCUGUUUUGUGGUCCUGAUGACUCUCGAUUUCCCUCUCUGUAAAUGAAGUUUUUAGUAAGCAUUCUUAAGUAUUUUGCAACGCAAAUGCAGCAGAUUCUGUAUAGGAAGAAGAAACAAGAACGUGGAAGGAGGAUUGAUCGAUCUUGGUGGGUGGGUUGUGGCGCUUGGGGCUUGUUUUGUUGAUUAUCGUUUUUUGUCAAGUCCUUCACAUCUCUCUGUAUUAUCUCAUUCUCUCGGAUUAUAAAUGCUGAUUUCCCUUUUCGUGUGUGUGCUCUGUUCUA